GGAGAUGUGGAGAGUAUUAGAGGUCUCUAUACCAAUAGAGAAAUUACGAAAGUUUCUCGAGUGUCUAUUGUUAUUGUUGUUCUACUACUCGAGAUUUCUUCGGCUAAAUUAUAGAACCUUCUACUUUAGAACCGUCUAAGAUCGCUCUAUCAACCCAGCUACCUUCGACAAGCAACUUCUGAUUCCAUGAUUUUCCAUGCCCGUACAUUGUUCCAGCUGCGAACGCCAGUCUUGCAUAGAUCUCGUCUUAUCGUAGUACCUUUCAUAGAUCGCGCAGGCCGUGUUACAUCGCGCUACAUGUCAUCUACGGCUGCCCCGUUCGAAGAAGAGAGGGAGGAGGGUUUCGCAAAAUUCUACCCGAUGACCUUAGGUGAAGUCAUACAUGAAAAGUAUAAGGUCGUGGCAAAACUCGGCUUCGGAUCUACAAGUACUAUAUGGUGCUGUCGUAACCUGGCGACGAAUACAUAUACCGCACUGAAGAUCUAUGCCCACGACUUGAUCGCAGAAGAUGAUAUUCAUAAUGAGACUGCUAUCUACAAACACCUCAGUACCGCGGGGAACCCCGAUCAUCCUGGCAAGAAGUACGUCCGAACUAUUCAGGAUUCCUUCUUUAUCACAAGCAGAAUGGGGAAUAUCCAUCAAUGCUUGACUCAUGAGGUUCUUUCCAACGAUAUAUUGAACCUCCGACAUAUUCACCCAGAUCGUAAGAUGCCCGAGGCAUUGCUGAGGUCGAUAUUGUUACAUUUGCUGCUCGCGCUAGAUUUUCUGCAUAGCGAGUGCCAUGUCAUUCACACAGAUAUCAAAGAAGAGAACAUUUUACUAGGUCUGGUCGAUUCAUCUAUUCUGGACCAACUGGACACCCAAGAAAUUGCGACAUCGAGCCUUUAUCAAACUGUCAAUGGAUAUAAUAUAUAUAGAAGCGUAAGGUUUGGUAUUCCAACCACGUUUGGCCGCCCGAUCCUGUGCGAUUUUUCUCUCGCUCGGCACGGACAGGUUAAGCACUGUCAUGACAUCCAGCCAGAUCCCUACAGGGCGCCGGAGGUUAUCCUAGAGAUACCCUGGGGCUACGCUGUGGAUAUAUGGAAUGUCGGAGUUAUGGUCUGGGAUAUGUUUGAAAAUAGACAUAUGUUCAACGGGCAUGAUCCCAAGACUGGAAAGUAUGAGAAUCGCUUCCACCUUGCUAGUAUAGUUGGUCUUCUAGGCCCUCCUCCCCUAGAAUUUCUUCAGCGGAGCGAGUAUAGCUCUGUAUACUUCGAUGAUAGAGGUAAUUGGAAGUGUGUUAAUCCCGUCUCACCUAUAUCGUGGGAUGAUAUUCAGAGGAAUCCCGAUAUUACUAAUAAAAAAGGCUUUAUUGACUUCAUCCGUAAAAUGCUCCAGUGGAAGCCAGAAUCGAGAGCGUCAGCCUCUGAGCUACUAGAAGACCGAUGGCUACUUGGAAUGUAAAAAGUAGAUACGUAUCUUACUUCUAUAACUUAAUUAGAUACUAGUAGAUUAUUAUCUAUAGAUCUAUAUCUUCUCUAGUCUAUAUAGAAAAGAACUAUAAGUUCUCUUUAAAUAUAUAAC